UAAUUUUAUCGACUAAUAAGGGGUUUUGCGUUAUGCUUUUUUUUUUUUUUUUACAUAAUUAUUUAGAGGAAAAGGCCUCUGGUCGCACACACAAAAAAAUACAAGGGAAGCAGCAGCAGCAGCAUAGUGUUGCGUGGAUCUGUGCAGGCGUGGAAAAGGAAAAGUGCGUUAUUGUUAGUUGAUCAUCCUCAUCCGGCCUGCUGAGAAGCGAAGCCGGGAGCUGGAGUUUGCAACUCAACCAUGGCGGUAAACCUGGACAAAGAUGCUUACUACCGCCGGAUCAAGAGAUUAUACAUCAACUGGAAGAAAGGCGAAGAUGAGUUUGGAAAAGCUGAUGCCAUUGUGGUGUCUGUAGGAGUGGACGAGGAAAUUGUGUACGCCAAAUCCACAGCCAUACAGACAUGGCUGUUUGGCUACGAGUUGACGGACACCAUCAUGGUGUUUUGCGACACCAAAAUCCUCUUUCUCGCCAGCAAGAAGAAGGUGGAUUUCCUCAAACAGGUGGCUAUAACUAAAGGCAACGAGAACGCCAACGGUGUGCCGCCCAUCACCCUGCUCACCAGAGAAAAGAAUGAAAGCAACAAGGCUAACUUUGACAAGAUGAUCGACGCGAUCAAAGGCAGCAAAGAGGGAAAGACGGUGGGAAUAUUCAGCAAGGACAAAUUCCCCGGAGAGUACAUGAAGAGCUGGAACGAAACGAUUAGCGCUGAGGGUCUGGAGAAGGUAGACAUCAGCGCCGUGGUUGCGUACACGAUGGCGGUGAAGGAAGACGGAGAGCUGAACCUGAUGAAGAAGGCGGCGUCCAUCACCAGCGAGGUUUACUCCAAGUUCUUCAAGGAGCGCGUCAUGGAGAUCGUUGAUGCCGACGAGAAAGUGCGUCACAGUAAGCUGGCGGAGUCGGUGGAGAAGGCGAUCGAGGAGAAGAAGUACCUGGGGGGUGCAGACCCUUCUACCGUGGAGAUGUGUUACCCCCCCAUCAUCCAGAGCGGAGGGAACUACAGCCUUAAGUUCAGCGUCGUCAGCGACAAGAACCACAUGCACUUCGGUGCCAUCACGUGUGCCAUGGGGAUCCGCUACAAGUCGUACUGCUCCAACCUGGUGCGCACCCUCAUGGUCGACCCCCCCCAGGAGAUGCAGGACAACUACAACUUCCUGCUCCUGGUGGAGGAGGAGCUGCUCAAACACCUCAAACACGGUGUGAAAAUCAGCGACGCCUACAACGCCGCUCAGGAGUACGUGAAGAAGGAGAAGUCGGAACUCGUGGCAAAGCUGACCAAAAACCUCGGCUUUGCAAUGGGAAUCGAGUUCAGAGAAGGCUCCUUGGUUCUAAACGCCAAAAACCAGUACAAACUGAAAAAAGGCAUGGUGUUGAGCAUCAGUUUGGGUUUCGCUGACCUCGUGAACAAAGAAGCCAAGAAGGACGAGCAGAAAAAGUACGCCUUGUUUAUCGGCGACACAAUACAGAUCAACGAGGAGGACGCCGCCACGAUACUCACACCCGUGAAGAAAAAGAUCAAAAAUGUGGGAAUCUUCUUGAAGAAUGACGAUGAGGAGGAUGAGGAGGAGGAAGGAGACGAUGCCGAGGAGCUGCUGGGAAAAGGAGCUCGCAGCGCCGCCCUGCUGGCAGACAGGACCAGAAACGAGAUGACGGCGGAGGAGAAGAGGCGAGCCCACCAGAGGGAGCUGGCCAACAAUUUGAACGAAGAAGCAAAGCGGCGUCUGACGGAGCAGAAAGGAGAGCAGGAGAUUCAGAAGGCCAGGAAGUCCAACGUGUCCUAUAAGAACGUCUCUCAGAUGCCCAGAGAAAAGGACAUCAGAGACAUGAAGAUCUUCAUCGACAAGAAGUACGAGACCGUCGUUAUGCCCGUUUUUGGGAUCGCGACGCCGUUCCACAUCGCCACCAUCAAGAACAUCAGUAUGUCCGUAGAAGGAGACUACACCUACCUGAGGAUCAACUUCUACGUCCCGGGCAGCUCUCUGGGACGACAGGAGGGGAACAUCUUCCCCAACCCCGACGCCACCUUCGUUAAAGAAAUCACGUACCGAGCGUCCAACCUGAAGACCCCCGGCGACCCCUCGGUGCCCUCCACCAACCUGCAGAACGCCUUCCGCAUCAUCAAGGAGGUCCAGAAGCGCUACAAGACGCGAGAGGCCGAGGAAAAGGAGAAGGAGGGCAUCGUGAAGCAGGACUCGCUCGUCAUCAACCUGAACCGCAGCAACCCCAAACUCAAAGAUCUUUACAUCCGACCCAACAUCGCCCAGAAGAGGAUGCAGGGCUCCCUGGAGGCGCACACCAACGGUUUCCGCUUCACGUCGGUCCGCGGAGACAAAGUGGACAUCCUUUACAACAACAUCAAACACGCCCUCUUCCAGCCGUGCGACGGGGAGAUGAUCAUCGUCCUUCACUUCCACCUCAGGAACGCCAUCAUGUUCGGGAAGAGGCGCCACACGGACGUCCAGUUCUACACCGAGGUCGGGGAGAUCACCACAGAUUUGGGCAAACACCAGCACAUGCACGACCGGGACGACCUGUACGCCGAGCAGAUGGAGCGAGAGAUGAGACACAAGCUCAAGUCGGCCUUCAAGAACUUCAUCGAGAAGGUGGAGACGCUGACUAAAGAGGAGCUGGAGUUCGAGGUUCCCUUCAGAGACCUCGGGUUCCAGGGCGCCCCCUACAGGUCGACCUGCCUCCUGCAGCCCACCUCCAGCUCCCUGGUCAACACCACUGAAUGGCCUCCGUUCGUGGUGACCCUGGACGAGGUGGAGUUGAUCCACUUUGAGCGCGUUCAGUUCCACCUGAAGAACUUCGACGUGGUCAUCGUCUACAAGGACUACAACAAGAAGGUCACCAUGAUCAACGCCGUGCUCAACUCCCUGGACCCCAUCAAGGAGUGGCUCAACUCCUGCGACAUCAAGUACACGGAGGGCGUGCAGUCCCUGAACUGGACCAAGAUCAUGAAGACCAUCGUGGACGACCCCGAGGGCUUCUUCGAGCAGGGAGGCUGGUCUUUCUUGGACCCCGAGGGCGAUGGAAGCGGUCGGGAGGAAGACUCCGAGUCGGAAAUAGAGGAUGAAACAUUCAACCCGUCUGGAGAUGAAGAGGAGGAAGAGGAGGAGGCGGACAGUGACGAAGACUACGACUCGGAGACAGAGGACUCCAAUUACAGCGAGUCUGUCGGCAGCGAGGAGGAGAGCGGGAAAGACUGGGACGAGCUGGAGGAAGAAGCCAGGAGAGCUGACAAAGAGAGCGUCUACGAGGAAGAGGACACCACCACCAACCCCAGGAAGAGAAAGAUCCGCCCACCCCCCCCCAAGCCGCCCCGCCGCCAAGAAGAAGCGACGGUCCUAAAUGUCUCUUACAAACACACACGUACACACACACACACACACACUGCCAAACCUAGACCUUUCAUUAACCCCAAAUGGCUCUUCUCACUCAUACAUUUACAAACACACACACUCAGACACACACACAAUGUGUAUAUAGACGUAGACGCCCCUUAUUUUUCGUGUUGGUCAGUGAAGUGUCAUGUUGAAAUGGUAGGAAAGAACGAGCGGUCACACACACUUCAUUCAUCACCCCCCCCCCUCCUUAAUUCCUUCCAUCUCCAUCCACCCAUCAGGUGUCAUGUUUGUGUGUCUGUGUGCGUGCAUGUGUGUUUAAAUGGGUUUUUAUUGCGAGCAUUGUUUGUUUUCCGUUUGGAAAAAAAGAUUUGUUUUUCUUAACUAAUGGAUAAUAAAAUGAAAAAAGGCUUGACAUAUCCUCUGCCAAGUGUUUUAUAUCAAAUCUGAGAAACUCUCCUCGUGUACGUUUCACUUCCCCUCAUGUUUUCUUCAAUAUUUGUUCAAUUGAAGUAAUAAUAUGGAAUUUUUUUGAAGGGGGGGGACGGAUACAUUCUCUGAUUUAUUCUUCUUUUUAAUGGGGAUCGUAAACUUAUGCGCACACACACACACACACACCACUUCCCUCGCACUUGUUCUCUGUUUCCCCCUUCCUUUUUUUUCAGUAGAUUUGUUGUUGUACUGUUAAUUCUGAAAAUCCUGUUUUUUGUUUUUGUAAUAAAAUUAAAAGGAACUGUAGAUUUGAA